AUGGCUGCCAGCGGAUCCAAUGCCACACCGGGCAAGUUGCUCAUCCAGGACCUUGAGAACAUCCAGAGCUUCUUGGGGACGCAGAAGCGCGCUGUGAAACAAGAGCAGUUCACAAAGAUGCUUGACAACCAGGUGAAAGCUUGGGUCACAAGAAUCAACGAGAUGAACAUCAAACCGGAGGAAGCUGCGCGUGUGGGAGAGUUGCUGGGUGAGGGGCCAUGGCUUGACCAGCACCACGAAGUCCUGUCGGAGGCUUUGGCGUCCAAAAUGGAUGGGGCCGCAGCUGGAAACCAAGCCAGGGCAAGACGACCUCUUCAGACGUUGACAUGCUUUGCUGCCUACUUGACAGAAAGCGAUUGCCAGAUUUUGUCGGAUCCAGAUAUUCACAACGUCAACAAGGUCCAGAGGUUGGUUGCCAAGUGUGUGAAGUUGGGCCUUCACUUGCCCAGAGAGACCACCACCAAGCAGAUCAUCAAGACCGCGAUCGACUGCGCCUUGGAUGCGUUGCAAGUUGCAUAA